AGGAUGGGCCGGGGCGGCGCGGCGAGCCUGCCCCGAGGCCCCAGCCUGCGGCGGCCGCUCCUCCCCGGCGUCCUCCCCUUGCUGCUGCGCCUGCUACUGCUGGCGGUCCCGCCGGGCGCAGGCGCGGGGGCCGGCCGGCCGCCGCCGCACCUCGUUUUCGUGCUGGCGGACGACCUGGGCUGGAACGACGUGGGCUUCCACGGCUCGAACAUCCGCACGCCGCACCUGGACGCGCUGGCGGCCGGCGGGGUGCUCCUGGACAACUACUACACGCAGCCGCUGUGCACGCCUUCGCGGAGCCAGCUGCUCACCGGCCGCUACCAGAUCCACACGGGCUUACAACACCAAAUAAUCUGGCCCUGUCAGCCCAGCUGUGUCCCUCUGGAUGAAAAACUGCUGCCCCAGCUUCUAAAAGAAGCAGGCUACACUACCCAUAUGAUCGGAAAAUGGCACCUGGGAAUGUACCGGAAAGAAUGCCUUCCAACCCGCCGAGGAUUUGAUACUUACUUUGGAUAUCUCCUAGGUAGUGAAGAUUACUAUUCCCAUGAGCGCUGUACAUUAAUUGACGCUCUAAAUGUCACACGAUGUGCUCUUGAUUUUCGAGAUGGUGAAGAAGUUGCAACAGGAUAUAAAAAUAUGUAUUCAACAAACAUAUUUACCGAAAGAGCUACAGCCCUCAUAACUAACCACCCACCAGAGAAGCCUCUGUUUCUCUACCUUGCUCUUCAGUCUGUCCACGAGCCCCUUCAGGUCCCCGAGGAAUACCUGAAACCAUACAACUUUAUCCAAGAUAAGAAUAGACACUACUAUGCAGGAAUGGUGUCUCUUAUGGAUGAAGCAGUGGGAAAUGUCACGGCAGCCUUAAAAAGCCACGGGCUCUGGAACAACACAGUGUUCAUCUUCUCCACAGAUAAUGGAGGACAGACUCUGGCAGGGGGCAAUAACUGGCCCCUUCGAGGAAGAAAAUGGAGCCUGUGGGAAGGAGGCAUUCGAGGCGUGGGCUUUGUGGCAAGCCCCUUGCUGAAACAGAAGGGUUUGAAGAACCGGGAGCUCAUCCACAUUUCUGACUGGCUGCCGACACUCGUGAAGCUGGCCCGGGGAAGCAUAAAUGGCACCAAGCCUCUGGACGGCUUCGAUGUGUGGAAAACCAUCAGUGAAGGAAGCCCAUCCCCCAGAAUGGAGCUGCUGCAUAAUAUCGACCCAAACUUUGUGGAUAUUUCACCGUGUCCUGGGAAGAGCCUGGCUCCAGCAAAGGAUGAUUCUUCUCGUCCAGAAUAUUUCUCCUUCAACACAUCUCUCCAUGCUGCAAUUAGACACAGGAAUUGGAAACUUCUCACCGGCUACCCAGGCUGUGGUUGCUGGUUUCCUCCACCGUCUCAAAACAAUGUUUCUGUGAUACCCUCAUCGGACCCACCGACCAAGACCCUCUGGCUCUUUGAUAUUCACCAGGACCCGGAAGAAAGACACGACCUGUCACGAGAGCAUCCCCAUAUUGUCAGGCAGCUCCUUUCCCGCCUGCAGUUCUACCACAAACACUCGGUGCCCGUGCACUUCCCGGCGCAGGACCCGCGCUGUGACCCCAAGGGCACUGGGGCCUGGGGCCCGUGGAUGUAGGACUUCUGCAGCCCUGGGGAGCCAGACCGCCUUUCUGUUACAAGUUGGACUCAGGCUUUUACUCCUGUACCUCUCGUCUCAUUUGCUCUCCCAGCCUGGGUUCCCCUGGCCCUUCUCUUGUUCCUCAACCACGCUGAGGUGUCUCAUUGCAACCCCCAGUGCAUUUAAAAGCUGAUAAAACCUGGAACACUCCUGUUGCUGGCCAGGGUGUGUGUCUAGGGGAGAGGGUGGCUGAGUUCAAUCUCUUGUUCCUGAGCCGUGGGACAGCUAGGAACUUGACUUGGAAUAGGAGGUUCUCACUGAGUCCUGGAGGCUGGAACAGCUGGCUCUUUUUGCCUCACAAGUCAGAUGUUAGAUCUCCCUCUGCCAAUAGCUGGCUUUUAUUGGAGUGCCUCAUGUUUCUUGUAACAAAUGUAGGGAGCAGACUGUUUUUAAUGGUUCUGUUGGCCAGGGGAUCUCCCUGUCUGUGAGAUAUCAUGUUCAGGCAUUCCAUGUGAAUAACCCCCCUUGGUUCACCCCUCACUUACUCACCCUGUCACUCAUCUCAUCGUGGAGCAUAAGGCCCAUUUCAUAGUUACGGUCAGCAUGGCAAUAUGCCUGCUUCUUGGUUUUGGUUAUUACAAUAAAGAAAUGUGUUUUUAUCCCCAGUUGUUUUUUGUUUUUUUUU